ACCCCACCACCACCACCACCACCACCACUCCUGGGGGCGGGUGACCACAGCUAGCCGCGACCCAGCAGCCCUCCUCUCCCGUGCGGAUCUCCGUUAAGAUGGCAGCGGAAUCAGGGGAACUAAUCGGGGCUUGUGAGUUCAUCAAAGAUCGAUUAUAUUUUGCUACUUUAAGGACUAGACCAAAAAGCACAGUAAAUACACACUAUUUCUCCAUCGAUGAGGAGCUGGUCUAUGAAAACUUCUAUGCAGAUUUCGGACCUCUGAACUUGGCAAUGGUGUACAGAUACUGCUGUAAACUUAACAAGAAGCUAAAAUCAUACAGUUUAUCAAGAAAGAAAAUAGUGCACUAUACCUGCUUUGACCAGCGGAAAAGGGCAAACGCAGCAUUUUUGAUAGGCGCCUACGCAGUCAUCUACUUAAAGAAGACACCAGAAGAAGCCUACAGAGCACUCCUGUCUGGCUCAAACCCUCCCUACCUUCCAUUCAGGGAUGCUUCCUUUGGAAAUUGCACUUACAAUCUUACCAUCCUCGACUGUUUACAAGGAAUCAGAAAGGGAUUACAGCAUGGAUUCUUUGACUUUGAGACAUUUGAUGUGGAUGAAUAUGAACAUUAUGAGCGAGUUGAAAAUGGCGACUUCAACUGGAUUGUUCCGGGGAAGUUUUUAGCAUUUAGUGGACCACAUCCUAAAAGCAAAAUUGAAAAUGGUUACCCUCUGCACGCCCCCGAGGCCUACUUUCCCUACUUCAAAAAGCACAACGUGACGGCCGUUGUGAGGCUGAACAAGAAGGUCUACGAGGCGAAGCGCUUCACGGACGCGGGCUUCGAGCACUACGACCUGUUCUUCCUGGACGGCAGCACGCCCAGCGACAGCAUCGUGCGCAGGUUCCUGAGCAUCUGCGAGAGCGCCGGCGGGGCCAUCGCGGUCCACUGCAAAGCCGGUCUGGGACGGACGGGGACACUGAUUGCCUGUUAUGUAAUGAAGCACUACAGGUUUACACAUGCUGAAAUCAUUGCUUGGAUCAGAAUUUGCCGGCCGGGCUCCAUCAUCGGACCCCAGCAGCAUUUCCUGGAAGAAAAACAAGCAUCGCUGUGGGUCCAAGGAGAUAUUUUCCGUUCCAAACUGAAAAACAGACCAUCCAGUGAAGGAAGUAUUAAUUCAAUUCUUUCUAGCUUGGAUGAUAUGUCUAUUAGUGGAAGCUUUUCUAAAAUACAAAACAUGGAAAGGUUUGGAGAGAACAAUUUAGAAGAUGAUGACGAUGUGGAAAUGAAAAAUAAAAUAACGCAGGGAGACAAACUACGUGCCUUAAAAAGUCAGCGACAGCCACGUUCCUCGCCAUCCUGUGCAUUUAGAAUAAAUUCUUCUCCUCAAGGAUCCGUGUCUUCUUUGAAGACCCCCAAAGUGGCUUUUCCCCCUUCUGCCACAGCCAAGAGGAUAAGCAGAGGUUCCUUGUCUACCGGAGCCAGUGUAAGAAGCUUUUCCAUCCACUCCAGGCUCGCCAGCUCCCUAGGGAACCUGAACGCGGAGACAGGUGGCCCUGAGAAAAAGCCCUCCUCGUCCUCCAAGGCGGGCUUCGCUGCCACGCACUCCAGCCCUCUCCCGAACGGCAGCCCCCCGCCGCCGGGCAGGAGCCCCCCGGAGCUCAACAACAACCAGGACGGCCGCGGCGGCUGCUGCAGCGCGGGGAGCCCCGGGAGCCACGUCCACGGCCGCGCGGGCCCCGCGAGCGGCCAGCCCGACGACAGCGCCCUCCUCCGACCCUCCUUCACCGGGCUCUCCUCCUCCUCCUCGGCCAGGUUCCUGAGCCGGUCCAUCCCCUCCCUUCAGUGUGAAUAUGUCCAUUACUAAGGCCUUGCCACGCCAGUGAAGGUAGUUCUGUCUCCUCAGACAUCUGGACGAGCAAUGUGGAGGAGCGCACUAAGAUAACACCUUCAAGAGACUCAGAACCAGGACCCUGGUUAAUGACUUCCAGAAAUGCACUGAAAUGAUGUUUGUGGAGAUUUUGACACUCUUAAAAGACAGUUUUAAAGUUGAAUUUGGUAUUUUAAAGGUUAUUUCUAAUGUAUUCCAGGAAUGCGUUUGUUACCUGCAUUUACGUGUACAGUGUUACAGCAUACAUGUAUUGUGAACUUUAUGAAAGACUAUUUUGAUAAAUUUAUAAAUAUAUAAAAAAUUAUGUAAAAGUUAGACUCUAUUUUGAUUUAGCUUUUUUUCUGCUGUUUGCUACCAAAAAUUUGUAUUUUAAAUGUGAUUAGUGUUAGGAUUGUUUUUUUCCAGACUCCUUAUUAAGGAAAAGAAGUGAGGAAGACAUUUUUUAGGAAGCAACUUUUGUUCCCACUGUGGAUACAGCAGACCAGGGUAUUCUUUGGGAGAAUUGUGUCUAUUUUAAAAAUUCAUCCAAUUAUCUCUACCAAGAGUAAAGCUGUCUGGUGGGGCUCAUUUGGGAUGAAGCCUCCCCCACUUUUAUUUUAUUUUUGUUUUUGUUCCUUUCUGUCAGCUUUGUUUCCUGCCGGGAGGGAGGGAAUACUUAAAGAUCUUAGCAUCUACUGGAAGACCAGAAUUUACUGGAUAUUUCUCCUGAAAGCAUUUUAUUUUUUCCCUGUAUGAAAUAACAACAUUCCAAACACUUUUUUCUUUUUCUUUCUCUCACAAGAGUGCUUUACAAAAAUGCCUUAAACCAUUAAUUUCCCUUCUAUUUUCUCUUGUAAUAUGCAGAAGAAGGUUUCACAUUUUAAAAUCCAUGCCUGAAGUUUCUAAGACCUCUGUCACUAAGUAGUCUAUCAUGCUUAGAAUGACCACAAAGCACUUCAAAAGAGGUAUUGACUCAGAACAUUCUGGUUUUGGUGCGAGGUGAUGGUUACCUUGGAAAGCACACAAGAUCUGACUUCACUUUUUACUCCCUGAAGGGAAAUGGGAAGACGCUGCUAGGGACAUUUGUAUAUUAAGGGACACAAUUUUGAACACAGCAACCCCCCCUGAUACCCGCUGUGUAUCUAGAGCCUAACGUGCAAAUGAAAGGCCCCUUUGAUACACGUGGCCUUUUCAUUGUAAGCAUCACCUCAGGUUUAGGACUCUAGAAACUUGUGUGUUCUGUUUCUGGAAGUGGAGAGUUAUAGAUCCUGAUUUUCUUCUAGGCUGCUUAGGAAGGAACCACUCCAUAGUGCAGGGCCAGUUACAUGGAUGCUAACGAAGUGACUGAUUCCAGCCACUGAGUUAUUUAUAAAGUAUUUAUUCGCAGGGGGUACCUGUGCCUCAGUAGGACAUCUUGUUCACGUUUUACUUUUUUCAAAAGGCAUUUGAGUGACUGACUCAGGUGUGUUAGCACAACCUUCCACGACAGUACCAAAUACUUGCACUCAGCUGACGGAAAAAUGAACUGCAUGCUUUAGGAAUCAGAUAUUAAAACAAGUGGGAUGAAAUUGUCUAUCUUUUCUAAAGCUGAAAAAUAAAAUAUUUUAUUAUGAGCUGUUGUAAAAAGGUUGGUUAAUUGUAUAGGAAGAUGAUGCUAUUUUUUCAGAUUAUCACUGAAAAGUAAUUCAGAUUGCAUUUGAGAAGCGGGGAAAGGGAAUUGUAUUGUCAUUUUUAGUUCUUUGAACACUAACGUGUGCAGCCACUAAAAUGAUUGUAAAGUUGACUACUGUAAAUUUUCCACAAUGAUGUGUGUAUAUAAGUCAUAUGUAUCUACAUGUGUAUGUCUUAAACUUAAUUAUACACAUGUGUAUACAUAAGGCACACCAGAAAGGAGAUGUAUAUAAUAUAAAUUAUAUAGAAAAGUAAUUCUACUCCAGCUAUAAAAAAAUUGUUUGACAUGUAUUUUGUUAUGAAUAGUUUAUCUUCCAGAAGCUAUUUUGUUCUAUUUUAAAGUGUAGGAGGAUACACUGCUAAUGAAUAAUAAAAGUUUUAUGAAAUUUA